CUUACUCAUUAGAUUUUUGGUUUGUUGUUGUUGAAAUUUGUCGAGAUUGUGCAAUUUCGUCUCUUAUGUCGGACAUUUUAGACAAUUUUACUUGCUAAUUGCAUGUACGAAAAUGGAGUAGAGAGAGAAAAUGGAGGUUGAGUGAGAAAUUGGAGAAAGAGGAUGAGAAAGAAAAUGCAGAGUAAAUGUGAUUAUUUGAAAAGUUUUUUUUUUUUUUUUUAAUUAUAUAUAUAUAUAUGGGUGGGGUAGUGGGAAGUUACUAGCAGUUUUAGAGGGAAGUUACUGGGAUGUGUGGGGGUAGUGGUACGGCGUCGUUUAGGGGGGGUGUAGGGAUAAAUAGCUAAACUAGAGUCUAGCCAUAAAUAAUUACCAUUUCAACGUGGCAUACCAAACUUUUAUUGGGCUCCAAUUGACCUAUAUUCAUUAUUGGCUACUCUGCGAGCCUUCCUCUUCACCUGUAAAACGCUAAAACCCUUUCCUAAAACCUCUCCUCAUUCUCUCUCCUCCUUCUUCGCCAUCUCCAAUGGCGAAAGACAAGCACAAUGGAGGUUUCCUCGUGAGCUCACAAUCAGAGCUAGCUCACAAAGAGAAAGCAAGCAAGAAAGCAAAAGGAGGUGGGUUUGAAUCCCUAAGACUUAGCCCUAAUGUCUUCAAUGGAAUCAAAAGGAAGGGUUACAAAGUACCAACCCCAAUUCAACGCAAAACUAUGCCGAUUAUUCUUGCUGGGUCUGAUGUUGUUGCUAUGGCGCGAACUGGGUCUGGUAAAACGGCGGCGUUUCUUAUCCCUAUGUUGGAGAAAUUGAAGCAGCAUGUUCCUCAACAUGGGAUUAGGGCUUUGAUUUUGUCUCCUACUAGGGAUUUGGCUCUUCAAACUAUGAAGUUUUGUAAAGAAUUGGGGCGUUUUACAGAUCUCCGUAUGAGUCUUUUAGUUGGUGGGGAUUCAAUGGAAAAUCAAUUUGAAGAAUUGGCUCAGAAUCCUGACGUUGUUAUUGCUACACCGGGCAGGCUGAUGCAUCAUUUGGCUGAGGUGGAUGACAUGACACUUCGAACUGUGGAAUUUAUGGUCUUUGAUGAAGCUGAUUCUUUAUUUGGUAUGGGUUUUGCUGAGCAACUGCAUAGCAUUCUGAAUCAGUUGAGUGAGAGUAGGCAAACUUUGCUUUUUAGUGCAACUAUGCCAGCUGCUUUGGCGGAGUUUGCUAAGGCUGGUCUGCGAGAUCCUCAGGUUGUACGCCUAGAUGUGGAGAAGAAAAUAAGUGCAGACUGUAAGCUCACCUUUUUUACCUUGAGGCCAGAAGAGAAAAAUGCGGCCUUAGUAUAUUUGAUUAGGGACGUGGUUAGAUCUGAGGAGCAAAUAUUAAUCUUUGUUUCCACUAAACACCAUACAGAGUUCCUGAGAUCGUUGCUUUUGAUAGAGGGUAUUGAGUCCAAUAUAUGCUAUGGUGAUAUGGAUCAAGAAGCUCGCAAAAUAAGCAUAUCAAAAUUCCGAUCAGGAAAAACUAAGCUGCUAAUUGUUACAGAUGUUGCCUCUAGAGGCAUGGAUAUUCCUUUGCUUGAUAAUGUACUCAAUUGGGACUUCCCUUCAAAUCCUAAAAUGUUUGUGCAUCGUGUUGGAAGAGUUGCCAGGAAUGGUCGGACCGGUACAGCUUACUCUUUUGUUACACCUGAAGAUAUCCCUUACGUUUUGGAUCUUCAUCUCUUUAUGUCAAAACCCAUCAGACCUGCUCCAACAGAGGAGGAAUAUCUAAAGGAUAUUAAUCAGGUUACGGAUAAAAUUGAACAAGCUAUGGCCAAUGGUGUUACUGUGUAUGGGCGUUUUCCUCAGACUGCUUUAGAUCUUGUGCAAGAUAAAGUACGAGACGAUAUUGACUCAUCUUCCGAUAUACAAGCUUUGCUGAAGGCUAGCAAAAAUGCAUCCCAUCAGUAUAUAAAGACAAAACCUGCACCCUCAAAAGCAUCAAUCCGGAGAGCAAAAGAUUUACCCCGCGAAGGCUUGCAUCCUAUGUUCAAAGGUGAGUUAGAAGGCAAUGAGCUGAGUGCUUUAGCUUUCACUGAACGCUUGAAAUCCUUCAGACCCAAGCAGACAAUUUUGGAGGCUGAAGGCCGUGCUGCAAUGUCAAAGCGUCGAAAGGGUCCUUCUAGUCAAUGGGUUGAUGUGAUGAAGGAGAAAAAGGCCAUCCAUGAUCACAUUAUUAAACAAGUGCAGCAGCAAUGUUCUACCGUUACGGAAGCCGAGGAAGAGGAACCCAUGUCCAAUUUUGUCAAUGAAAUGGAGGAUAAAGAAACUGUUGGUUCUAAAAGGAAAGCAAAGAGCUUCAAGAAUGAGGAGUAUUUUAUCAAUCCAGUGCCUACAAACCAGCAUACAGAAGCUGGACUAUCAAUGCGAGCUGAACUAGGUUUUGGUUCAAAUAGGCUGGAUUCAGCUGUUAUGGAUCUAGUUGCAGAUGAUAAAGUGGGAAUGCAGAAACAAAAAGUCCACUGGGAUAAGAAAAGCAAAAAGUUUAUCAAGCUUAACAAUGGUGAUCGUGUGACUGCCACCGGAAAGAUUAAGACUGAAGGAGGGAAAAAAGUGAAGGCUCAGAGAACUGGGAUUUAUAAAAAGUGGAAAGCUAGUACACAUAAUAAAAUUGCUCUAAAAGGACACGAUAGUGGAGGCAAUGUGGGAUCAUCCUCUGGAUUUUCAGGUGGUGGUCGGUUUAAUAAGAGGUUCAACGGACGCAACCAACAGCGUUCAAUACCAAAUGCACAUGUUCCUUCAGAAAUCAAAAAUCUUGAACAGGUUCGAAAAGAGAGACAGAAGAAAGCAACCAAGCAAUCUUUGAUGAAGCAAAAUUCAAAGAAGGGGAAAAACUCUGGUAAAAACGGUAAGAAACGAAAGUCCAGGUAGAAGAUACUAUAGUGCAUGGUCCUCCGUUCAGAGAGGAUCGACUGAAUUUUUGACCCAUAGUAACAAUUGUUAUUGUAAUGUUAUGCUAUUUCAUUAUAAUAUGCAAUUCUUUUUGAACUCUACUUUGUGAACCAAAAAUCCUUAAAAUAUAUGAGAAAUUAGUUUUGUUUAUAAUA